UCACAAUGAAGCACUCCAAUAACCGAGAGAGAAUAUGCAAUGAGCUGAUCUCAUCCCAGCUGUGGUCUACGGUGAGUGGAGAUGGGCUACAGAGUGGAGUCCACAUAUAUUUUGACUGGCACACACGUUUUACCCUGUCAUGCCUUCAUCACGGUUCUCCCGUGACCGUGAAUGCAAGGAUUUUUUUUUUAUCAGUUUAAAGAGGUCGAAAGGAUUUCUUUUUGUAUCAGGUUUAGGUGAUUUGGUUUUGGUAGCCUAAUUCUGCAGCAAUAACUCCGGAGGCGCUUUAACUUCCAAGACGCGCUGUGCGUUCCUCUUCCAAAGAUCAACAUGAUGUCUGCCAUAGAUACGGGUACAUCUGUGUACCAACCAGCACAACUACUGAACUGGAUCUAUAUGUCUCUACAAGACUCCCACCAGACCAAUGACUUCGAAGCGUUCAGACCGGAUUCUGAGAGUUCUCCACCGGACGAGAACAACUACAAACAGCGGUCUGCUGCUGCUGUCGACCUGAGCUCUGCGCUCAACUCAAACUAUCUUAACAAUUUCUUGCAACUUCAGAGAAAUGAGGCCUUAAACAACCAUUUGUAUAGAAGGUCCUCUCCUUACGGCUCACUCAGCAACAUCGUAGACGGCCUGAGUUCUCUGACGGACCACUUCUCUGACCUCUCCGUCUCCUCUGAGUCACGCAAACCCAGCAAGCGACCUCCGCCCAACUACCUGUGCCAUCUCUGCUUCAACAAAGGACACUACAUCAAAGACUGCCCGCAGGCUCGGCCGAAAGGGGAAGGCCAGACCCCAUAUCAGGGCAAGAAGAGAUGUUUCGGGGAAUACAAGUGCCCUAAAUGCAAGAGGAAGUGGAUGAGUGGGAACUCCUGGGCCAACAUGGGACAAGAAUGUAUCAAGUGCCACAUCAACGUUUACCCUCACAAGCAGAGACCUCUGGAGAAACCUGAUGGGUUAGAUGUUUCAGACCAGAGCAAGGAGCACCCACAGCACCUGUGUGAAAAAUGCAAGGUCCUCGGGUACUACUGUCGUCGCGUGCAAUAAUAACCUGUCGUUAUCUGGCCGCAAGUUCAUGGAGUUGCCCUCUAGACACUGAUCUUGGGUCAGUUUAGCAUUUUCUACACUAAUGUUUAAGGUCGGGUCUGGGGGAGGGGAAGCUGAUCCUAGAUAUCUACCUACAGUAGGGUAAACUUCACCCCGAAGUCAAGUUCACUUCCCUGGUUCAUUUCCCUGGCCUGUAGUUGACUUCCCUGGCCUGUAGUUGACUUCCCUGGUUGACUUCCCUGGCCUGUAGUUGACUUCCCUGGUUGACUUCCCUGGCCUGUAGUUGACUUCCCUGGCCUUAAGUUGACUUCCCAGGUUCACUUCCCUGGCCUGUAGUUGACUUCCCUGGUUCACUACCCUGGCCUUUAGUUGACUUCCCUGGCCUGUAGUUGACUUCCCUGGUUCACCUCCCUGGCCUUUAGUUGACUUCCCUGGCCUGUAGUUGACUUCCCUGGCCUUAAGUUGACUUCCCUGGUUCACUCCCCUGGCCUUUAGUUGACUUCCCUGGCCUGUAGUUGACUUCCCUGGCCUGUAGUUGACUUCCCUGGCCUUAAGUUGACUUCCCUGGCCUUUAGUUGACUUCCCUGGCCUUUAGUUGACUUCCUGGCCUUUAGUUGACUUCCCUGGCCUUAAGUUGACUUCACUGGUUAACUUCUUUGGCCUUAAAUUGACUUCCCUGGUUCACUUCUUUGGCCUUAAAUUGACUUCCCUGGUUCACUACUUUGGCCUUAAGUUGACUUCCCUGGUUCACUUCUUUGGCCUUAAGUUGACUUCCCUGGUUCACUUCUUUGGCCUUUAGUUGACUUCCCUGGUUCACCUCCUUGGCCUUAAGUUGACUUCCCUGGUUCACUUCUUUGGCCUUAAGUUGACUUCCCUGGUUCACUUCCCUUUGCCUUAAGUUGACUUCCCUGGUUCACUUCCCUGGCCUGUAGUUGACUUCCCUGGUUCACUUCCCUGGCCUGUAGUUGACUUCCCUGGUUCACUUCCCUGGCCUUUAGUUGACUUCCCUGGUUCACUUCCCUGGCCUUUAGUUGACUUCCCUGGUUCACUUCCCUGGCCUGUAGUUGACUUCCCUGGUUCACUUCCUUGGCCUGUAGUUGACUUCCCUGGUUCACUUCCCUUUGGCCUUAAGUUGACUUCCCUGGUUCACUUCCCUUUGCCUUAAGUUGACUUCCCUGGUUCACUUCCCUUUGCCUUAAGUUGACUUCCCUGGUUCACUUCCCUUUGCCUUAAGUUGACUUCCCUGGUUCACUUCCCUUUGCCUUAAGUUGACUUCCCUGGCCUGUAGUUGACCUCCCUGGCCUGUAGUUGACUUCCCUGGUUCACUUCCCUGGCCUGUAGUUGACUUCCCUGGUUCACUUCCCUUUGCCUUAAGUUGACUUCCCUGGCCUGUAGUUGACCUCCCUGGCCUGUAGUUGACUUCCCUGGUUCACUUCCCUGGCCUGUAGUUGACUUCCCUGGUUCACUUCCCUUUGCCUUAAGUUGACUUAACCCUCCAGUGGUUAAUGAAGAGUUGCCGCUCAUCUAAUGUGUUGUGUAUAUCUCAGUAAAAUAGGCCUGAUCAACCGUCAAUAAUCUGUUGUUAUUGUUAUUAUGUUUAUAAAAAACAUUUUUGACCUGUUUCGCUGUUCCCUACAUGUGUGAAUCGGGGACAAUUCCAUUUCACUUAAGUCUUGUCAGGAUUCAAUUACUUCCUGAAUUGAAGUGGAAUUGAUCCCAAACCUUGUGUGUGUUGUGUGUUUUAUGAUGUAGUAGCUCCUGUCUACCUACCCAAUGUUAAGCUGUACCUCUAGGCUUUUCUUCAUACCAUGAACAAGCAUGCUUUGUCCUGAUGUUGUCCGCAUUCUUAUUGUGCUGACAUUUUCUGAAAAUAUGUCUACAACAUGGUAUUAAAAAUGUAUCAUAUCCGUC